AUGUUAUCGCUCACAAAUUGCAUUUCUAAGAAAUCAUCACUUCUUUGGAAACCAUUAACCAGUGGAAGAUUAUUUUCGUCAUUAGCCUCAUAUAAGUACGCCCUCAGACAUAGCACAUUUAAUGAUCCUACUAUAUCUCUUAGACGUCAUCCAAAGGCAAUUAAUUUUUAUAAAUCACAAGUAAGAUCAUUUUCGUCAACACUAACUACUUUUCAUGGCCACCUUAAUCCUCCAAAGCCAGGUGAAGAAUUGCAUAUUACAUUUGUCUUAAAAGACGGAGAACAAAAGACAUUUGAAGUUAGCGAAGGGGAUUCCUUAUUAGAUAUUGCUCAAGCACAUAACUUAGACAUGGAAGGUGCAUGUGGUGGAUCAUGUGCAUGCUCUACAUGUCAUGUCAUUGUAGACCCAGAUUAUAUAGAUGCUUUACCAGAACCCGAAGAUGAUGAAAAUGAUAUGUUAGAUUUAGCCUACGGGUUAACUGAAACUUCUCGUCUAGGAUGCCAAGUGAAGAUGAGUAAAGAAGUCGAGGGAUUAAGGGUAGCUCUGCCUGCUAUGACUAGAAAUGUGAGCAACAAUGAUUUCUCCAAUAACUAA